AACGCAUAGCUAGGUCAGCUCUUCACUUCAACUGAGCACUGAGGCCACUGGACAGAGAUUACAUCACAGGAGCAAAAUCAGUACAAGUUUGUAGGCUAAAUAUACUCAAUAUUCCCAGCAAGGGUGCACUAAAACGUGAAAACGACAAUGGUUCGACGUCAAAAUCUUAAGUGUGGUAUGCUGUUAUCCUUCUUUCUUGUUUCUGUUGGUUUGUUUUUUGCAUUUCGCGAAAAAUCGUCUCUAGACAUUACCGAUAGUCGCGACUUACACCGCGUAACUCAGAAAUUGCUUUCAGUCGCAGAUCCAACUGGGCCACAUCUACAGGGGGAUAACAUUUACUACGAUGAUUCAACAACGACGUUGAUGCCGCCUCAGUCAAGAAAGCGACAUGUUUUGUUAAUUGUUGCUCAUGGCAGAUCUGGUUCAACAUUUCUUGCAGACAUUUUCAAUAAACAUCCACGAGUGUUUUACGUCUUUGAACCACUCCACGAUUUUCAAAAACACAAUAGGGAUAGAUCGGAUUAUGACGAGUUUGCGAGGAAUUUUCUCGUUCAUAUUUUCCAGUGUGACUUUAGUGUGGGAAAUUCAACGAGGGAUAUCGGUCGUUUUUAUCGCUUUAAAAGCCGAGUGUUGAGCUCGCCACCAUUUUGCAAAUACAAACAAGACGACCCUAGCUGGAAUUGGUAUUAUUGCCUCCCUGUGAAGCAAAAAGACCUCGAACAGUCAUGCAGAGGACAUGAUACAACUGUUUAUAAGCUACUCUUGGAAAGAAUUCCCGGUCAGUCGAUUGAAAAGCUUUUUGAAGUGUGUGAAGUAGCGGGAAUUGAAUGCAAAGUUAUUCAUUUGAUACGUGAUAUUAGACCACUUGUAAUGUCUUCUCAGAAAGUGGCCUUUUUCAAGGAAAUUGACUCGCGAGAGAAGCCAUCGAUGAAGCGGUUUGUUUAUUCUCGUUGUGAAAUGACUGAGAGGAAUCUUAACCUGAUGAAGGAGUUUCGUUCAUUUCUUCGUAGUCGUGUAACACUGGUGCGGUUUGAAGACUUAGCCGUUGAACCACUGAGGGUUUUAGACUAUUUUUACGAAUUUGCUGGACUCGAGGUACUGGAGAACAUCACAAAUUGGGUGGUAAAGAUAACUCAGCCUAGCUUGAAAGAUUUAAAGGCGGAAGGACGAAGAGCAGUGUCUGUGAUUAGGAACUCUUUAGAAGUUCUGAAUAAGUGGCGUCUUGUAGCGGAUCCCUGUUAUGUUCACGUGAUUGAGCGAUAUUGCCGUGACGUCAUGAAAUUAAUGGGUUACAUAUCAACAGAAGGAUCAGUGGAAAUGCUUCGAAAUCUUAAAAUUCCGCUAUUUACUGAAAUAUACCAAGCUCAGAGUAGGUGAACAAAUAAAUGAUAGACAA